AUGCCGUCGGUCGUUUCACCAGAGGCGCCUCCCCUGCCCAAGUGGCAACGUCCGGAAAAGACAAAGUACGAGCUCCUGUGGGCAGACAUCGCUGUGAUAGACAUCAGCAAGUUCGACCAGCCGGGCGGGAAGAAGCAGCUGGCUGAAGACCUCCGUCAAGCAGUCCAUGAGACAGGCUUCUUUGGUCUCAUCAACACCGGCUUCACGCCGGAGGAGGUACAGCGACAGUAUGACAUUGGACAAGGCUUCUUCCGUCUUCCUGUGGAGGACAAGGCGAGGCCGGGUAACACGUGCGACUUUGCCAAGGGCAACUACUUUGGGUACAGAUCGGCGCAUGAUAAAAAGAUGCAAGGGACCGAAGUGCUCAACAAUGUCGAGUCUGUGAACAUCGCCAAGUUCAUUCCAAAGUACCAGGACGAGCCAUUCCAUCCCUUCUUUGAGCCGUUCCGCGCAGAGAUUGAAGAUUUCUCCAGACGCUCCCUCGAGCUCGCCAGCAAGGUCUUCACCCUCUUCUCCAUCAUCCUCGAGCUGCCGGAAGACUACUUCUCCUCGCGCCACGCCUACGGGUCCCCGAGCGAGGACCACCUCCGGUACAUGCGCUACCACCCGCGGGCCCUCGCCGACGACCUCAAGGUCGCAAACACCUGGUCGCGCGCGCACACCGACUUCGGCUCGCUGACGCUCCUCUGGAGCCAGGACGUUGCCGGCCUGCAGAUCAAGACGGCCGAAACGGGCGAGUGGCGUCACGUGCCGCCCGUCGACAACGACGGCGCCGGCGUCGUCUGCAACGUCGGCGACACGCUCGACUUCUGGUCCGCGGGCUACCUCAAGUCGACGACGCACCGCGUCGUGCGGCCGCCCGAGGACCAGGCCCACCUGCUUCGCCAGGGCCUGUUCUACUUCGUGCGGCCCGGCGACGACGUCGACAUCAAGCCGGCGCCGUCGCCGCUGCUGAGGCGGCUCGGCCUGGUGCGGGAGGACGCCGGCGGCGACGAGGCGCCGCCGGUCAGGGGCCUGCAGUACGUGCGGGAACGGGUGAGGGACUACCACGACCACAACGACUACGCGGACAAGAAGGGCCAGAAGUUCAGGGUCGGCAACCUGGAGAUUGAAGACGAGGCCGUUUGA